AUGAACAAGGUGAUCGUCCUGGCCGGUGCCCCGGAAUCGGCCUCGAUUGACUGGGCUACAGCCGAUCUGCUUGACGACUUCGGCGGGCCAUUGUCGCGGUUUGCUGGCUGGGCAGACAGCCUUGCUGCUGACGACAAGGCGCAAUCGCAGCGAGACCGCCCGGCAUGGCGGGUGCUUCUGGAGAAGAGGCACAAGGCCGCGUCGAAGACUGACGGUGAUGUGACCGAAAGCUGGUUGGCUGGCCUGCAGCCAGGACCGGCAGAAACGCAGCCAUAUGGACGUGCCGACUUUCUCGCCUUCACGCCAGGCUCGUCUUUCUUUGCAACGCCCGGGGCAGUGAACACACCGCCGCGUGUGUUUGUUGCCAUGUCGUUUGAGACACAACCGCUCUCUGUUGCGGUGCCGCAGGCUAUGUUGCCGGACGAGGAGGCAGAGACGACCUUGUAUCUCGAGGAAGGGGACACGACGCUUUCGCUUUUUCUGGAGCAAUCUCUGGCAGCCCACAACGAGUUGCCGUCGUCGAUGCUAGACCUGUCAGAGAUUUUAGACAGGCGGGAGGACAGCAGGCCGGCUGUUAGGGAUCGGAGUGGCAGGGUCUUGCAGAAGCCGGUCAGCCAAGCACCGGGAUCGAUGUUUGCGUCUUUCACGAUGCCACUAUCACGAGCCACCACUCAGACCACCACCCAAGCUACCGCCCAUCUGCCGCCGGCUCGACCUCCGCUGCCGACACGCUGGGGUCCGCUGACGGACCUGGCAGCCAUCCCGAGCGCGGCCUAUCUCGUGGGCAUCGCGCCGCAGACGGCGACGGUUAGCGCGGUGGUCGGCGUGAUCUCGGUGGCGGAGCCGCGCACGAUCCAGACACGCUGGGGCGGGACGGCAUCGCUGGUCGAGGUCGUGGUCGGCGACGAGACGCGUGCCGGCUUCGGGGUGACAUUUUGGGGUGGUGCUCCCUCGCUCCGGCCGCGGGAUGUGCUGCUGCUGCGUCACGUGGCCCUGCACAUAUUUGGCGACCGGGUAUAUGGCAGCAGUCUGCGGCGUGACCAGACCAAGGUGCAUGUGCUGUGGCCAGGUGAAGGUGAAGGCGAGAGAGUGGCAGAGGAUCCAGAGGCUGCGCGAGCUCUUGUGGCCAAGGCCGGUCGCGUGCGCGACUGGGCACUGCGCUGUGUGGGUGGUGGUGGUGGUGGUGGCCGAGAUGACCAAAGCCAAGACGAGGACACGGAAGAGAAUGAGGAGUCUGAAAAUGGGGAGCCUGAAAACGAGGACUCUGAAGACGGGGACAGUCCGGUCGCCUGGCCGCGGACGCGGACGUGGGACAUGCCGCCGGCCGAUACUCAAACCGACGAGAGCACAAUGGAUAUGUAG